AAUUCAACAUAGUUCACAUAGAGAGAAGAAGAGCACCAAUCGCAAAACCACAACAAAAACAUGAACGUGUGAAGUAAUGUUGACGUUUUAUUUACUGUAAAAAUCAAUCUAUCAAUGUCAUACAUCUAAUUUUCGUUGUUUCGUUUAGAAUUUUUCCAUUCCACAUAAUUUGCAUCUGCGAAUGAAUUCUUCCAUGUAAAAAGAAAUUCUUCGAAAUUUUCCUCGUUUUUGGUUUAAAAACUAGCAAAAGCAAUGGUGAAUUGUCUGUGAUUUUACGCUAAUUGUUUUUAAAAACGUGUACUGAGCUGAAAAAUGCUGCAUUCUAGCGAUAAGUUGAACUUACUAAGUUAUAUAGUUACAUUGCUUAUUUUGCUCGGCUGUAGUGCGAUCGCUUCAGAUUCUGAAUGGAAUGGAAAAUGGUUUCCGCACAAGCCCGACGAAGAUGAUCCGCUAUUGAACGGCCACAAAAGUAUUGAUGUGGCAAACAACAACAAUAACACCGAUAGCAGUGCGAGUAGUUAUAGCAAAAAAAUGAAAACCAUGGGCAUUACUGAUCCAACAUGUGAUGACGCAGAGCGAAAUUUAUGGAUUGAUUACGAUCCGAAAAAUAUCUCACAUCAUAGCCGAUACAUAUGUAUGGAAAAUCGGAAAAAAUUCGAGCCAAAUAUGACAAUCGCGCCAAUUAUGCGGGAAUACACCAUUCCAGUCGAGUACUCGGCAUUGCAUCGCUGCAUGAAUGAAUCAAUUGACUAUGAUUUUGUCAUACCAACAUUUGGAACACAUCGUCCCGUUUGGCCAAUUUAUGGUGAAUACAGUUAUGUGCCGGUGCAGCGAUGGUUACAUAAUUUGGAGCAUGGUGCAAUUGUUGCCGCCUACCAUCCAUGUGUGAACCAACGGCAAUUGGAUGAAUUCCGGAAAUUGGUGAAGGAUUGCUUGUAUCGUCACAUAAUAACACCGUACGAAAAACUCGACCCAAGCCGACCAUUUGCAUUGAUUGCAUGGGGCCGUAGCUUGGAGAUGUCGGUCAUCGUGCGUUACAUUGGCAUUACUUUUAUUCGAAUGAGUGCGUUACAAGGGCCAGAGAAAGUUUCACGCAAUGGACAAUACCGUGGCGGUAUCAUUGAACCGGCAAAAGUUGUUUCGGAUAUAGAUGACAAUAAUCUAUGUCCCAACAUGUAACACAUGAUUUAGAGACUAAACAACAACAACAACAACAACAAAAAACACAUUUUUACAUUUAAUUUUGUACAAUUGGGGUAGUAAAUCUUUGAAUUUAGCUUAGACGUAGAUCGUCGGCAAACAGACCGUGGAAAAAAAACGUAAGAAACAUGAAACAUAAGACAGAACCGACUAUAUUGCCUAUGAAACAAGUAAACGAUAUGCUUCUACUAUUAAAAUUUGACAACUUGCUUAUAGCGAUUAAUUAGAUGAGUAACAAAACAAAACAAUGAGAAGAAGAGAACGAUUUCGAGCGCCUUUACGCUUCUUUUAAAUGCAUCACAGUGAUAUAUCCACGGAGUAAACUCGGUGGUUUUAUACACGGGGAAAAAAAAAAACAACAACAACAACAUUCCAAUUAACGAUGAUAAUCUUACAAUGUACCUAAAACAAAAUCAACCUAUACUAUUGUUAUAAUUAUUUUUCGAAUAGACAAAUUACAAUUUAUAGUGCAAUGAACAUGAUGAGAAAACACACACACAAACACUCAAACCGAUUCUACCGAUUGUAAAAUUUGAACGAAAAUGCAAUGAAAAUGACUUUUCUUCUCUUUUUUCUUAGGGAAAAGUGUGUACAUGUUUGAUCUAACACGAAUUUUUAGACUUAACUGUUGGUUACAGUGCCUUUCGUUGUUGAAAGAAAAAAAAAGAAACUAAAAAAAAUCAUUCCGAAAAAAAUUAUGUCUUUUUUAAAAAAAAUGCUCUGUUAUUCAGAUCUAUAUUAUAUUUAAAUGAGAUUUCGCAAGAUGAUGAUUUCUCGGUUCUUUUUUAAUAUUCCCUUUCUCUUUGUCCAACUUGUUUUCUAUUAUUGUUAUUUUUCAUUUUAUGAGCUGAAUAAAAUUAUUCUAUAUUGAUCAACUGUUGAAAA